GGGGCUUCGCGGAGCCGCAGGAGGAGCCCGGUGUGGCGGGGCCAUGCGCGCGUCCCCCGGGGAAGCGGGGCCCGGGCCGGCCGGGAGAAGAUGCGCGCGGGAGGGGAGGAUGCCGGGGGCCGCAGGGGGCUGCCCUCCGCCGCCCGGGCGGUGGGCACGAGCCCCGGCCCCGCCUCUCCUCCCUGCCAGCCGCCCCCCACCCCCAGUCCCCUCCCUCUCCGUGUCUUGCACAGGGUCCGUUCCUCCGGAGUGGCCCACGGCCCCUCGCCAAAGCACGCGGAGCCGCAGACUCUUGGAGCAUCUCCCCGAAAGCUCCGGAAUAGGAGGCUGCCAUUUCCCACAACAUGGAAGUGUGUCCUUAUUGCAAGAAGCCAUUUAAACGAUUGAAAUCCCAUUUACCGCACUGUAAGAAGAUUGAGGCAGCUGGCCGUGAGGAUCAGAAAGCUCUUCCAUCCGAACCAGCUCCACUCGCAAGUGGUAAAAAGACCAGACGGCCCCUCCAGGAUGAGAAGGAGCCAGGAACGGGAGUCGGGGAAAGAUGCACCAAGAUAACAAGGGACUUGCCGGGAAGACCCGUUCAGCCAUUUCCUCCGCAAGAGGUCAGCGUGGGAAGCGCAGGUUCCAGCGAGGCAGGUGGCGACAUCAGGAACCCAACCCCAGGCUCCCUGCGACUGUCGGGAAACACUGUGCCAACGGCAGCGGGCGGCACCCCCAAAGCCAAGCCCCCCCGGGGCCCUAGAGCCGAGCGGAGGGGAAGCGAGCCUGCACAGACGGAAGCAGCUCUACCCCGGGGCCCCGUGAAACCUUCCUUGUCCAGCCCAGAGAGAAGUUACUCCUCGGCCUUAGCAAAGAACAUUGAGGCCAUUUCGGCCCAUUUCAGUGUGGACAGAACCACUCCCUCCGGACAGAAGCUUCAGGGAAAAGCGCCACCCGGGGCCCCAAGGGGUGACACCCAUAACUCUACCACCAGUCUUGGCCACACUAGCCAAGCCAGGGCUAGCGAGCAUAUCUCACGUGUGCCCCUGGGUGUGGCCGGCUCUGGGACUCAGGCGCCGGCUCCAGGACCACCGAGCCUCCGUUUGCGCGUGAUCUUGAGAGACGCAAAGCAGGGCCAGGAGGCCUUAGGCCCCGGACUCCCCCUCGCUGGAGGGGCCCAUGGGGGCACAGGCAAGGCCGGGGAGAGCAUGGCGGUCGCGCAGGUUUCCACAAGUGGUCACUCCAAGAAGGACCGUCUGGGCCCUGCGGGCCCUGGGCUGAGGGCCCGAGAUGCAGCUCCCGGCUUGAGUUGGCCACGGGCCGGCCCGAAGGCUGCUUUCCCCAGCCUGGCCGCUCUGACGAUGGAGUUCCUCCCGCCUCAGAAAGCUGAGGCCUGCCCCCCUCGGGGGGCCCCUGAGCCCCGGGCCUCACUGCUGAGCCAGUUAGGCUGUGGGGAGUCCAUGCUGGGUGCCUUGCCCCAAGCCAAGACCCCCCUGGGGCAGCUGUUGGCCCCGCAGCCGGCCCUGCCCUGCGCCCAGCAGAGCCCCCCGACAGCAGUGGCGGGUGCACUGGGCCUCCAGUGGCUCCCGGAGCUGUACCCGGCCUACCUGGGGCUCGGGAUGCUCCCCGGGAAGCUGCAGUACUGGGACAUGACGGCGCUGAAGCCGCACUUCGUCAGUCCCCAGGGCGAGAGCCGCUCGCAGGUUCCUUUGUUGGGAAGAAGUUGGACCGGUCUCAGGAGCCUGGAACCCGCUGGCCUCACCCCCUCCAACCUCUCUCUCACCAGCCUCUUGGCAGCAGUUCAAAGAGGCUGCCUCAAGUGCGGCACGUCCAUGCGGAGCGGCGUGGGCAGCGUGACCAUGCUCUUCACUGGCUACUUCGUCCUCUGCUGCAACUGGAGCUUCAAGCAUCUGAAGCUGCAGCGCUGGCGGAAGUAACGGGCAGACGUCAUCGUGAUCCCGCGAGAGCCCCAGGAGACAGCGACCUGAGCCGCAGAGGGAGGGCCAGCGGGCAGGGAGAAUAAAGGCGUCCAGCCUCAGCCCAGGAGAGUGCUUUUGUCUCUGUGCGGCGCCCACCUCUGCCUGCAUGUUUGUCUG